UUAGACUCUAUCGCUGUUUGCUCUGCAGCCGGGCCAGAUCGACGCGUACGCGUGCCUUGGCGGUCCUGCGGUCACCCUCCCGAGUCCUGGCCGUGCAGUCGAUCGGGCCGUCGGCGAUGUUUUAUUUCCACUGUCCACCACAGCUAGAGGGCACUGCACCCUUUGGCAACCAUUCCACGGGAGAUUUCGACGAUGGAUUUCUGCGGAGAAAACAGCGCCGUAACCGGACCACGUUCACUCUUCAGCAGCUAGAAGCUCUGGAGGCAGUUUUUGCCCAAACACACUAUCCUGAUGUCUUUACCAGAGAAGAGCUAGCCAUGAAAAUCAACCUCACAGAAGCCAGAGUGCAGGUUUGGUUCCAGAACCGAAGAGCCAAAUGGAGGAAAACGGAGAGAGGGGCCUCUGACCAGGAGCCAGGAGCCAAGGAACCCAUGGCAGAGGUGACGCCUCCACCCGUGAGAAACCUCAGCUCUCCGCCCCCAGGGGACCAGGCCCGGAGCAAGAAGGAGGCCCUGGAGGCCCAGCAGAGCCUGGGACGCACUGUGGGUCCCACAGGGCCGUUCUUCCCCUCUUGCUUGCCGGGAACCCUCCUGAAUACAGCCACCUAUGCCCAGGCCCUGUCACACGUCGCCUCCCUGAAAGGGGGCCCCCUGUGCUCGUGCUGUGUCCCCGACCCCAUGGGACUUUCCUUCCUCCCCACCUACGGCUGCCAGACGAACCGCACGGCCAGCGUGGCCGCCCUGCGCAUGAAGGCUCGUGAGCACUCAGAGGCUGUCCUGCAGUCGGCCAACCUGCUGCCGUCCACCAGCAGCAGCCCCAGCCCAGUGGCCAAGCCGGUGCCCCCCGAUGGCAGCCAGGACAAGACCCCUCCCAGCAAGGAACAGAGUGAGCGCGAGAAGAGCGUAUGAGGGGCCUGAGUGGCCAAGCCCGCCGUGCCCUCCCCCCAUGCUUCUCCCAGCCUCGGCCCCCAUGGAAAACUCUCCAAAGAGCGAGGAAGAAGCCUGCUACCCUGGGCCUCCUCACAGACUCAGGAAAGGAAGCGAGAACCACAGCUCCCCCAGUGAAUGGAGAGUGCCUCUGGAGUCCCCCCCAAGUGGGGCUGUUCUGUCUCAGCUUCUUUGGUGUCAGGUCCCGAUGGUACUCGUGGGUACCAGAGUCUGCUCUGUGGUGAUACCCCUGGGGUUUCCAUCUUGGCCCAGAGGUCUGGAGAGAAGGCAAGUUUUUCACCCCUUCACUUACCUGUCCCUCUCCUGGGCCGCCUUUGGAGGUCUUAUCAACCCAGAGAACUGUGGCGUGGGUCAUCUUUGAGAGAUGCCCAGGGCUCAGUCUUAUGUUAUGAAAUGGGACUCUCCGCCUGACAUUAAGAACCAGGCAAUCGCCGAGAUCCCAGCCAGCUCUGUCCCUUCCAGCAAGACGAGCAGCAGUGCCCUCUUCUCUCAUGCUGGCUGUGGACUUGGUUGCGUUGGAAGGAGAGAAGCUGUGGGAGUAGGGAGGUGCCAGCAAGACAGAGCCUGUCCCCAGGGGGAUGUGGUAGCUCUGCCACUGGGCACUGUUGGCCAACCACAUGGGCCGUCAGCUCCAAGAACUGGCGCUGCCACCUUGACACUGAAGCCCCAGAGCAAGUGUGGGCCCUUAACAGCAGCACCCGCCUGCAGCCCCUGCCUCUCUGGACUGGAUCUCUAGGUUGGUGGGACGCUGACCAUCUGGAAAGCAGUGCUCUGGUCCAGGAGACACUAAGAGUCCUCAGAGGAGGACGAACCCCCAGGAAUGCCUCUGAAAAGUGCGCGUCUGGAUGAACUUCCUGUCUGCAGGUCUCUGGCACGUGGAAGGGGCUCCCUAGCUGUUUCUUCUUCUUUUUUUUUUUUUUCCAAUGGAAGGGAAAAGAAGUAGGAAACAAGAAUGGCGUAUGUGCAGAAGUGGAGCAAGGGGAAGAGGGCUCCCUUUUGGUGUGCAGAGAAUUAAUUCCAAAGGGCCAGAUCUCCUAGAAGUUUCCAUUUUGGUUGGGUGUGUCUGUUUUUUCUUGUGUGGACAGUGAACUUGAAGAGAUCAAAGGGGAAAUGUGCAAUAGCGUGGGUUCUGUCGCUCCCUGGCAGGGAUAUCUGUUCCCAGAAAGGUUGCAGUCUCUGAUGGCUUGCUCAUGGUGUUUCCAUGCAAACCGUUAUUGCUUUUAUGAUUGUUUUCCUUUCACUUAUUAUAAUCAAAGGUUCUAGCUUCAGAUCACUUUGCCCCUCUUUUUACCUUCCCUUCCAGAAGCCCCCCAAAUAACACUCUUAAUGUAUUGUGCCUCGUUCUCUGAUUACCGCAAAGCGUUUGAUAAAAUACACUGUCUCCUUACAAAAAAAAAUCAAGUCCUUCCUGCUGUAUUUUGCUUGUUGAGUACAAAGAUGAAACGAUUUGCCAAAAAGCAGCAAAGUCGCUUCCGUUUCUCUGUAAUUACGAAUGUUCUGUUGAACGAUGUAAGCUCAAGCCCUUAUGUACACUAACUCUUCAAUCUAAUUGUUUGAUUAAACUCGUAUUUCCUCCAGAAAGGUACAUAAAUAAGUGAACUGUUGAGCAAAUUAAGAAUACUUAACAGCAUUGCAUCUGAAAAGUAGUUACGCUGAUUAAAUUUUGUGUCCUUGAGGACUUUCAGGAAAUUACUUUUGAUCGUCAAUAACACAAUUAAGUAAACUACACACACAUUAGCAUGAAUAAUUGAUAAGAAAUUAUGUAUUACCACGAAGCACUGAUUUAAUAAUUCAUGAUGCGACACUCUAGUGACUGUGCAAAACUGGAUAACAUCGAAAAGUCUGCCUGAUAUUACUGAAAGAAAGGAAAAAAAAAAGCAGCAAGCCUCUGCAGAGAUAUGGAGUACUUAGUUCUGUUGUACAAAGGGGAAAAUCACCUUGCAUGCUGUAGUUUCUGUUUGUUUAAAUACCUGAAUAAAUUUAGAAGAGUUAAAAAGAAAGAUA